GGGCCGGGCAAGCGGGAAAGCCGGAGCUCCCGGGCGGAGUGUGCACCCACGCCAAAGACCCUGGGCGGCUCGGGUCUUCUCACCCGGGAUGGACAUUCAGGAGGCUCCUGCGACUUCAGGUGGCGUUAAGCACUGUGGUGACCAGCUUCUAGGCCGUGCGUAACAGAGCAGAUGGAGUGGAGUUGGAACGAUAGCAGCUCUGUUCCAGACUAUGCAGAGGAAACAUUUGCAUCCUUCAAUGAAGGAGAGGAAGAAACCUGCAGGCAGUAUGAGAAUGACCUAUUUGAAUCUUAUUAUUCUGGAGAAGAGUCGGAACGGCCUGCUGCAUCCGAUCUGCCUGAAAGUCCAUGCCAGUCAUCGAGUCAAGAUGAGGAAGUGGAACAAGACUCAGAAUUGCUGGAUUCUGAACCUGUAGAAGAACAUUUAACUAGAAGGUGGAUCAGAACUUUGAAAAGCAACAGAACUAACACUGGGGUAGCCAUUGAACAAAAUAAUGGUGCAGCAUUGACAAGAACUGCUGGGGAAUCGGAGGAAGAGCUGGGUGCUCUGCGAUCUUUUUGCGCCACCAGGAUCAAUCAACUCUGCCAUCCACCAAGUGCAGCUCCAGUGAAGAUCAAGCGCAACCAUCCAAGGCGUGGAUCCACAUUAGAGAAGCCUUUGCAAUGCGAUUUGAACCUUACUGUCCCUGAGCAGCUAGUGAACAGACUCCAUCUGAGGAAUAUCGAGGAGACUAUGAAACAGUUAGCAGGAGCUGAUAUGCACCAACCCUCACGAUGCCCCCACUGCCUAGGGAAAAGAGCGGAGCUGGCAAAAGCUGCUUUUCUGCGACGAAGGAAGGCCUUGAUGGAAGAGGCAUUGCUUCAAGAGAAACUGGACGAACACCUGUAUACCAAAGAUUCUCUCACCCUAAUUGGAGAAAUACACAAAAUCCUUCCUAACCUUUCCGAGGAUCCCAGGAACAUAUGGCAGAAACAAAAAGAGCGCACCCUGAAAGCUUAGCACCUCUAUGAUUGGGACCAUUUAAUCAAAGCAGAAGAGAUGGGUUGAAUCCACACACGCUGAACAAUGAAGAAUCUUCCAGGGUCCAACUCUGCAUCCCCCUGUGGUGCAAGCAGAGCAACUUGCUCAUAUCUAGCUAAAUGCAUAUUGCAGAAUAUGAAAGGGGACUUUAUCGUUACUCUGACAUGCCAAAGCUAUUUGUGUGCAUGAAUUUCCUUCCCGGAUUUUGGAGCACCUGACAGCUGCUUCUACCUGUAAGCAAAACAAAUGGUUCUAUUUUUCAAGGCAGGGAGGAGUAAUUAUUGGGUUUCAGUUCAAUCUCUUCCUGCUGCCACCUGUUAAAUUGAAAACGGGAGCCCCAUGUGGAAGGAAGGGAUGGGGUGGGGGAAGAAGGUUGGAAAGGAACAGAGAAAAGGAAGCCAGAGGAUUCUUAUACCACUGAAAAGAACAACAAAUAAGAAGUGACAUUAAUUCAUAACCCUGAUUCAAAGAUGAGAAGCAAGGAUGCUAAAUUAGUGAUGUCAGUUGAGAGAUGCUGAAGCAAAGGCUGGCAAUAAAAAUACUGGCAAAACUAUAAUAAAAUGUCUAAAUGA